AGUAUGCAAAAACACAAAUAAGAUCAUAAACAAACUUGAACUUCAGUGCUUUGUCGUAUUUAACUUAUGACACCUUAAACAAAUAAGAUCAUAAUAAACAAUAAUAAUGGUUUCAUUAGAUAUCAACCUUAUUGGUGGUGAUUCUUACAAUUCUUUUUUCAUAAGUGAAUGACUACUCUUUAUAAGGUAGAGGCCUUAUACUUGAGCUUAUAAGUGAGAUUUAGCAGCCCAUUCAGUUAUAGUUUAUAUCAUCAUAAUAUUGGAAUCGUUCAUUGGUACAUAUCAAUAUAUCAUCAGGGAUGGCAUCAUCCAUGUGGAUGUACGUGUAGGUGUGGGUGUGGCAAAUGGGUGGGUAGUUCCACUAGACAUGCCAUAUUAUGAGGCACUCAACUCAUGUUCUCCCACUUCAAUCAUUGCUUAUAUAAGCUGACUUGCACCGUACCUCAAAUUCAAAUUCCUAUUCCUAUCUCUUAAUCAACAAGUUAUUCUCAUCAUAUGCAUAUACGCGUAACACGUUACUCCCCACAUAUUACUCAAUUAAAUGUACUUAAAUGUGUACGACUUUGACUUUAUUGUUUUAGUAGGAAUAUCGAAUGCUCUUGUUCAAUUACUUUAUUCUCAUAAUUCCGAUUCAUUAUAUAAAAAAGUACUCAAGCUUAAAUAUAUACAAACAACCGCCUAUCAAUCUUUGAUAAGUCAGCGGCAUGUUUAUUGGUAAUUUGCCUCUCAAUUGUACUAUGAAGUAUGAAACGUACUAUGGAUCCAAUCGAAAGAAAUAAAUGCCAAAAAAAAAGUACCACGGAAUCAAACAAUAAUGUGCGUAUUGCAUUAUAAUUAUGGUUUCUUUUUAUUUAAUAAACACUACUCCUGAUAUUAGGCAUCUGCAAUUUGUGUUUAUGACUUAAACAACAAGAUCACAAGAAGCAAGUUGGUGUUAAUUAAUUUCCAACUUGAUAUAUAACUCAAGUACACAAGCUCUUAAAUUACGGCUAACUUUGUUACUCUUAAAUAGCUAGCAUGCACAUUACCAUAUUAGUGAUGAUCAGCAGUCAACGGCUUUGUUAUCGUAAUUUUUUAUUCCAUAUUCUAUCAUUGAAUUAUAUUCUGUGAGCCGUACAUUGACAUUAUGGGAUUAUAAAUAGCCAUUGAAAGCAGCUUAUUGAGAUAUAAAAGAUCUGAGAGAGAGAGAGAGAGAGAGAGAAAGAAAGAAAGAGUUAGAGAAAAAAAGAGAAUCAAUGGAGAAGUUUUACGUUGUUUGUUGUGUUUCAUUGUUUGUUGGAGUAAUUUCAUCCAAGCUCAAAGGAACAUCAGCUGCUUGGCAACAAGCCCAUGCAACUUUCUAUGGUGGAAGCGAUGCUUCAGGAACAAUGGGGGGUGCAUGCGGUUAUGGAAAUCUGUACACUGAUGGGUAUGGAACAAAGACUGCUGCCCUAAGCACUGCUUUGUUCAACGAUGGAAAAUCAUGCGGUGGGUGCUAUCAGAUAGUGUGUGAUGGGACCAAGGUGCCCCAGUGGUGCCUCAAGGGCACUUUCAUUACCAUCACUGCUACCAACUUCUGUCCACCAAACUAUGCUCUAGCCAGCGACAACGGCGGCUGGUGCAACCCUCCCCGCCCUCAUUUUGACAUGUCUCAGCCUGCAUUUGAGACCAUCGCCAAAUACAGAGCCGGCAUCGUUCCCAUCUUCUAUAGGAAAGUUGGAUGCAAGAAAAGUGGAGGCAUCAGAUUCACCAUCAACGGAAGAGACUACUUUGAACUAGUGCUCAUAUCCAACGUAGGAGGAACUGGAGAUAUCUCCAAUGUAUGGAUCAAAGGCUCCAAAACCAACAAAUGGGAAACCAUGUCCAGAAACUGGGGUGCCAAUUGGCAGAGCCUUGUGUAUCUCAACGGCCAAGCCUUGUCCUUUAAGAUUCAAGCCACCAACGGCAAAACCAAAACCGUUCUCAAUGCAGUGCCUUCUAAUUGGAAGUUUGGCCAGUCUUUUUCCACCAAAGUUCAAUUUUAAGGUCAACUACAGGACCACCCAGAUAGAUCCACUACUACCACUCGCUCGCCUCAACUACUAAUUUAUCCAGACUUUGUAUUAUUCUCUUUGUUCAUCUUUUCGUUUUCACGUUUUACUUCUACUCAAGUCAAUAUGUAUGUACUGCGCCUUCUUGGCUUGUGGCUCUGCUUUUUUGCCAGAAAGCCCACCAAGAAAGGCUUAAAAGAAGUUGGACUCUUUUCCAACUCUGAUAGUGAAAUAUAUACACAGCACAGAGAGCCAAUGGGCAAUCCAAUUUCUCUUUGUAAUAAAU